GGGCGGCCGCCGGGCGACUUGUUAUAUGUCGCCGACUCGCGCUCCGGGAUGGGACAGGGAAGGCGGCGCCGCCGCCUGCGCCCGCGACAGGCUCGGCCCGUGAGCGCCGCGCCCGCCGCGCCCCGCGCGUCCCGGCCCCCCGCAGCCCGGGCCAUGGAGCAGGCGGCGCCCGCGGGCCGCUGACGCGCCCCGCACCAUGACGGGUUCGGCGGCCGACACCCACCGCUGCCCCCACGCCAAGGGCGCCAAAGGCACGCGGUCCCGGAGCAGCCACGCGCGGCCCGUGAGCCUGGCCCCCAGCGGGGGCUCCGAGGAGGAGGACAAAGACGGCGGCACGCUGUUCCACGUGAACAAGGGCGGCUUCCCCAUCGACAGCCACACCUGGGAGCGCAUGUGGAUGCACGUGGCCAGGGUGCACCCCCAAGGGGGCGAGAUGGUGGGCGCCAUCCGCAAUGCCGCCUUCCUGGCAAAGCCUUCUAUCCCGCAGGUCCCUGACUACAGACUGUCCAUGAGCAUUCCCGACUGGCUGCAGGCAGUCCAGGGCUACAUGAAGACGCUGCAAUACAACCACACUGGGACCCAGUUCUUUGAAAUUAGGAAGAUGAGACCACUGAGCGGGCUGAUGGAGACUGCCCGGGAGAUGACCCGCGAGUCCCUGCCCAUCAAAUGCCUGGAGGCCGUCAUCCUGGCCAUAUACCUGACCAACGGCCAGCCCAGCGUGGAGCGCUUCCCCAUCAGUUUCAAGACCUACUUCUCAGGGAGCCACUUCCACCACGUGGUGCUGGGCAUUUACUGCAACGGCCGCUACGGCUCGCUGGGCAUGAGCCGCAGGGCCGAGCUGAUGGACAAGCCGCUGGCCUUCCGCACGCUCAGUGACCUGGUGUUCGACUUCGAGGACUCCUACCGGAAGUACCUGCACACGGUGAAGAAGGUGAAGGUCGGCCUGUACGUGCCGCACGAGCCGCACAGCUUCCAGCCCAUCGAGUGGAAGCAGCUGGUGCUCAACGUGCCCAAGAUGCUGCGCGCCGACCUGCGCAAGGAGCUGGAGCGGCAUGCGCGGGACAUGCGCAUGAAGAUCCUAAAGCCCGCGAGCACCCAGUCUCUGAGCCAAGUGAGAGUCCGGGGCAAGUCCCUCUCCCCCCGGAGGGGGCAGGGCAGCCCCACACGCAGGCCUGGCCGGAGAGACAAGUCGCCAGCGCUGCCCGAGAAGGUGGCCGAGCUCAGUGCCCUGAACGAAGUGGGUUACCAGAUCCGCAUUUAGGCCUGCCGCAUCCCAAGAGGAAAGGCAGCUGUGUACUCGGAGCUUGUGAAUCUUACUUUUGAAGGACUUUCUUGGAAGUAGUCGAGUGGGUGGUAGUGACUGACUCGGAAAUUCACCAAGAGGCAACCAGCAGAGGCGGAAUAACACCCAGUGGGCACCCGAGAUGCUGCAGCACGGAGUGCCCCUGCUCUGCCUUCCUUGCUCUGGCUGUGAACUCAACGCCUCAUCAGUAGUCCAGGCUGCGAAGUGGCUUUGUCCCCCGGCUCUGGACAUGGGAAGGACACCCAGUCAGUAUUAAUGUCUUUCAGCAAUAACGGAGGCGAAGACAGGGGUUCCUGUAGCAGGGGUGUUACUCAGCGCCUCUGCAGCCGGUGUGCAGACCCAACGCCAUCUUGCUUUGUCGGCUUUUUCUGUUUCAGUUUUUUGUGUUGUUUCCCCACCAUCUCCCCCAGCAGCUUCACGAGUUGUGUUUUUUCCCUGGCGCACGUGAUGAGAUUUAAGGUAUUGUCUGUGUUUCACUGAAGAGCACUGAAAUUCUUCUGGCAAUACUGGAAACCACUUUCAGGAUCUUGGAGUAACUUCUUAAUCAUAAGAGCACCUGAAGCAGUAUUUGUCCUUCCGAAAAGCACAGUCACCAGCUCGUCUGUCCUGUCGUCAGCAUUUAAACUUUGCAGCCUCUGGCCAAAGCCCAGAGUCUUGGCUGAGGAGCCCCAGGAGGGAACCAGGGUUUGUAGGCCAGAGCCACUCCUUUGGCCUCUCACCUGGCCGAGCCGACGUCAGGCUGGACUCAAGGCCCCUGUCAGACAGAGCUGCUCCCUGUCCUGACGGGGUGUCGUGAUGUCUUAUAUUAAGACCAAAUGCAGCCGAUGUAGUCCUUCCCCAGCGACUUUUGUCUGGGCGAGGCAUUACCGGCCAGACUGUGGAUCAGUCCAUCAAAUCAUAUCAUCAGGGACUGUUCCAGUGGCACUGACCAGGCCAAGGUCAGUGUCGCCUCUGGCUGCAGCCAGUGACCGUGGGUGUCUGUGGUCUCAAGCAAGAGCAGAGGCGUGGGCCCCACCAUGCCCUGGGCUCCUGUGGGAACUCAGGCCCUGCUCGCUGACAUCCUUCCACGAAGCCAGCAGGGCUACAGCCCCGGCUGGACACUGAGGGAAGGGCCACCUCUGAGCGGACUGACACCGGAGCAAGACCAGCCUCAGCUGACACCCCCAGGCCCAGUGGGAGAGGUAUUCCGGCCUUCUGAAAUGAGCUGCGUUCCUCUAAUUCCUCACAGAGCCCUUUGCAGCCUCUCACGGUCACACGCAUGGAGGUGUUCAGCCUAGAACAAAUUCCCAGACCUUUCUACACGAGAUCUGUAGAUAUAUCCAUAGACCUGUAUGUCUUCUGUUUAUCAUUUUGAAACUUUUAUUAUCAUAUGUAAGUACAGCUCUGCAGUUGUUUUAAGCUUGGGAGAGAAUUUUCCCAAGAGUCCUUAAGUACCAGCCUGGCUGAAACAUGAACAUUUGCAGGGCCUCAAGUUGAAAUAAUGGAAACGGUUUCCAAAUGCUGUUUAAGCCUUAAAAUUGCCAACUGGCUUGAUAACCUUUUAUCGAAUUAGUAAUCUUUUUAAAAUAUACUUUAAUUUCAUUCAUUUACCUACAGUGAGAGUAACAGAAACUUGAAAAUUUAAUUUUAACUUAGAUGCCUAUGGCAUGUUAAUUUCUAAAAGACAAGGAAAGACAUCACACGCUUAAAUUUUAGCCAUUCAGUUAUAUAAGGCAAAUAUAAAAAUAAUGAAACCCCAUGAUUUACCUCCUCCCAAGUGGUUUAAAAUUUGCUACAAUUAGGAUAAAAAUAAAAUUGAAAUAAGUUGUAGUUUUUAAAAAGUAAUGAAAAUUUUAUGCUUAGCCAUUAUGGGCAAUAUAUGCAAAGUUUAAAUGAAGGACAGAAAUCUUGAUUUCAAACUACAGACUGCUGUUUUGAGUACACUUUAUUUCAGAAAGUGAUAUUUAGUAUUUUCUAUAAAAUGAAAUCAUGAGCAUUUCACUUUUUCUAAGUCGAUUAUUUGUUAAGAAUUUUAUUAAUAGAUCUUGUUAAUAGAACUUUGGGGAUCUUAAUUCAGUAUCUUACAAUACUCAGGCUUUUGUAAGCUAUAGUUUUAUGUACAACCUUGUACAGUUUUUUUGACACACAACUCAGAAUCUUCUUUCUCUCUCAGACUUUGUUCUGGCUGAUCUUUUUUUUUUUCAAUCUUUAAAAGAAACUGUGAUUGUUUUAGUAUUUUUCUAAGUGAAAUGAAAACUUGUACAAUGGUAUUUUAGAGAAUACCAGAUAAAUGCAUGUUUCGAGUUCAUGUUUUUUCUCACCGCUUGUAUGUUUGUACAUAGCAUGGGACUUUAAUAAAACCAUCCUGGAAACUUGGA